CUCCCCCCUCUCAAAAAAAAAAAAAAAAAACACAAGAAACAAAUCUUUAACUUUCUCUCUCUAGAAAAAAAAACGAACACAUUGUGGGUGUCUCUCUCUCCUUUUUCUCACGGACACCAAUCGACGAUCAAUCCCAAAAUCGAUUCGUCGUCUUCCUUUCAAUCGGGAACCGUUCUUAACCUCACCCUCCGCGUAUCUUAGCAACAGCCGCCGCCCAUACUAAAAAAUCCAUACCCGUUAACAUUUAAACCGAAACAUCCUUAACGACACCGUUUUUUUUUUUUUUCAAACUCAUUGGUCGCCGGCGAUUUGAAAGGUGCUCCGAUAUUAUACUGCGCACCCUCUCCUGUUUUUUUUUAAGAGUAUCUUGACCUAAUUAGCUAGAUAAAUCAGUUUGGUUCUUCAUUUACUGAGGCCUUGAGGGAGACUGUAAGAGACAACAGAAAAGUUACCCGCAGCAUUGUAUUCACAGCAAGCAUUUCAGAUAGGGAAAGGCGGGAAAUAAUUACCUUUGAAAUUCCAUGUGAGAGGAUGGCUUUUUGCAGGAACUAUACAACUGAAGCAGUUUCACAGAGUGUCCUAGAAGGAAAAGUGCAAGGUCAGGGUACAGGUAGAAUGUUAGGCAAUGAGGAUGUAGAUGUGAAUUCUAGUGAAAGAGAACUGGAUAUGAACAUGGAUGCGCAAUAUGAAAGCGAACCAGAUGCUGCAGGUAAGUUGCAGAGUGAUGUGGCUGCUGACAAUUGUGCUGGUGUGAGUAAUUCAGAGUUGCAACCUUCUGGAAGGAGAAAUGUGGCUGGAAAAUGGGGUUCCAGUUUUUGGAAGGACUGUCAACCCAUGGCUACUCCUGGGGCAUCCGAUUCCAGGCAGGAUUCCAAGUCAGAGGAUAGAAAUGCAGAAGGGUCAGAAGAUAAUGUAUCAAAUGGAAGGGAUGGUAGAUUAGAAUCGGAAGAUGAAGAGGGACAAAAAGAAGUAGGUAGGGGUGGGAAAGGCCAUUCUGAUGUCCCUGCAGAUGAGAUGUUGUCUGAUGAAUACUAUGAGCAGGACGGGGAGGAUCAAAGUGACUUGAUGCGUUAUAGGGGGUUUAGCAAACCCGUUGAUUUGAGCUCUAGGUUGCAAUCAAAGCCUGUACCAAUCAAGAAUAAUGUGUCCAGGAGGAGGUCUAGAGGUUUACACAAUAGUGAAGGUUAUGAUGAUGACAAUAAUGAUGGUGAUGGUGAUAAUGAGGAAGAAGACGAAGAUGCAGAAGAUGAUCCUGAUGAUGCAGAUUUUGACCCUGAUUAUGGCGCCUUGAGUGGUCACAUGGGGGGCAAGGAUAAAGAUGGGGAGAGUGAAGAUUCAGAUGAAGAAGUUAACAGUGAUGAUUGGGUUAUCUCAGAUGAUGAAGAUGAUGAUGAUUCGUAUUACACAAAAAAACCUAAGGGUAGGCAACAGGGUAAAGGUGGAUGUAAUACAAAAUCUGCCAGAGAGCACACAUCAUUACGUGCUUCCGGUCGACAAAAGAGAGGGAAAACAUCAUUUGAAGAGGAUGAGUAUUCGGCAGAGGAUUCUGACAGCGACAAAGAUUUCAAGAACAUGACUCAAAGAGGUGAGCAUCUCCGCAAAUCUAAUGCUCGGUCCACUAUGUCAACAAACAUUGGUGGAAGAAACAAUGAGGUUCGCACUUCAAGUAGGUCAGUUCGUAAGGUAUCGUAUGUUGAAAGUGAUGAAAGCGAAGAGAUUGGUGAAGGGAAAAAGAAGAAUGCCCUAAAGGAUGAAGUUGAAGAAGAAGAUGGUGACUCCAUUGAAAGGGUACUGUGGCAUCAGCCAAGGGGCACGGCUGAAGAUGCAAUGAGGAACAAUAGAUCAACGGAGCCUGUUCUGUUAAGCUACCUGUUUGAUUCUGUGCCUGAUUGGAAAGAAAUGGAGUUCUUGAUAAAGUGGAAAGGCCAGUCACAUAUGCACUGCCAAUGGAAAUCAUUUUCUGACUUACAAAAUCUAAGUGGUUUUAAGAAGGUACUGAACUACACUAAAAAAGUGAUGGAAGAUGUGAGGUACAGGAGAUCAUUUACACGUGAGGAGAUUGAGGUCAAUGACGUGAGCAAGGAAAUGGAUUUGGAUCUAAUCAAGCAAAAUAGUCAGGUGGAGAGAAUUAUUGCUGAUCGAAUUACUAAAGAUAGCUCUGGUAAUGUCGUGCCGGAGUAUAUUGUCAAGUGGCGAGGACUAUCUUAUGCUGAAGCAACCUGGGAAAAGGAUGUAGAUAUUGCUUUUGCACAAGAUGCUAUUGACGAGUACAAGGCACGUGAGGCUGCAAUUGCUGUACAGGGGAAAAUGGUGGAUCUACAGCGCAAGAAAGGAAAAGCAAGUUUAAGGAAACUUGAUGAACAGCCUGAAUGGUUGAGAGGAGGAAAGCUUCGUGAUUACCAGCUUGAGGGUUUGAAUUUUCUAGUUAACAGUUGGAGAAAUGAUACAAAUGUCAUUUUAGCUGAUGAGAUGGGUCUCGGAAAAACAGUUCAGUCAGUUUCCAUGCUUGGUUUUUUGCAGAAUGCUCAGCAGAUCUCCGGGCCAUUUCUUGUUGUUGUACCCUUAUCAACUUUGUCGAACUGGGCUAAAGAAUUUAGAAAGUGGCUUCCUGAUAUGAAUGUUAUUGUAUAUGUUGGUACUCGUGCUAGUCGGGAGGUUUGUCAGCAAUACGAAUUUUACAAUGAUAAGAGAGUUGGCCAGCCUAUAAAAUUCAGUGCUCUGUUGACCACAUAUGAAGUUGUUCUGAAGGACAAGGCUGUUCUGUCCAAGAUUAAGUGGAAUUAUUUAAUGGUUGAUGAAGCUCAUAGGUUAAAGAACAGUGAAGCGCAGUUGUACACAACUCUUUUGGAAUUUAGCACCAAGAACAAAUUGCUAAUUACUGGCACUCCAUUGCAGAACAGUGUGGAAGAGCUAUGGGCUCUGCUUCAUUUUCUUGAUCCUGACAAGUUCAGGAGUAAGGAUGAUUUUGUUCACAAUUAUAAGAAUCUUAGCUCAUUUAAUGAAAAUGAGCUCGCUAAUCUUCACAUGGAAUUGAGGCCUCACAUUCUCAGAAGAGUUAUCAAGGAUGUGGAGAAAUCCUUGCCUCCCAAAAUAGAGCGCAUUUUGAGGGUUGAAAUGUCUCCUCUCCAGAAACAAUACUAUAAAUGGAUUUUGGAACGUAACUUCCAUGACCUGAACAAAGGAGUUCGUGGCAAUCAGGUUUCACUUCUGAAUAUUGUGGUAGAGUUGAAGAAAUGCUGCAACCACCCCUUCCUAUUUGAAAGUGCGGAUCAUGGUUAUGGCGGGGACAUCAGUACCAAUGAUAGCAGUAAACUGGAGAGGAUUAUCUUAAGCAGUGGAAAGCUGGUUAUUCUUGACAAACUACUCGUCAGAUUGCACGAGACAAAACAUCGUGUCCUUAUUUUCUCCCAGAUGGUCAGAAUGUUGGAUAUAAUAGCUCAAUACAUGUCACUCAGAGGGUUCCAAUUUCAAAGGCUUGAUGGUAGCACAAAGGCUGAGUUGCGUCAGCAGGCAAUGGAACAUUUCAAUGCACCUGGUAGUGAUGAUUUCUGCUUCCUUCUUUCAACUCGGGCUGGCGGCUUAGGCAUCAAUCUUGCAACUGCUGACACAGUUAUAAUAUUUGAUUCAGACUGGAAUCCUCAAAAUGACCUACAGGCAAUGAGCAGAGCUCAUAGAAUUGGGCAGCAAGAAGUUGUUAACAUCUAUAGAUUUGUGACAAGCAAGAGCGUUGAGGAAGAUAUCCUAGAGAGAGCUAAGAAGAAGAUGGUUCUCGACCAUUUGGUGAUCCAAAAACUAAAUGCAGAGGGUAGAUUGGAAAAGAAAGAAACAAAAAAAGGGAGUUAUUUUGAUAAAAAUGAGCUCUCAGCAAUUUUAAGAUUUGGGGCUGAGGAACUCUUUAAAGAGGACAGAAACGACGAAGAAAGCAAGAAAAGACUCCUAAGUAUGGAUAUUGAUGAAAUUCUUGAAAGAGCAGAGAAAGUGGAGGAGAAGGAAGCUGGGGGAGAGCAAGGGAAUGAAUUGUUAGGUGCUUUUAAGGUUGCAAAUUUUUGUUGUGCCGAAAAUGAUGGGAGUUUCUGGAGUCGUUGGAUAAAACCAGAUGCUGUAGCUGAAGCUGAGGAUGCUUUAGCUCCUCGUGCUGCAAGAAAUACUAAGAGUUAUGCAGAGGAUAAUCAACCUGGGAGAAGUAACAAACGGAAAAAGAAAGGUUCUGAGCCACCAGAACCACAGGAGAGAGUGCAGAAGCGUCGAAAAUCAGAUUAUUCUGCCCCCUUAGCACCAAUGAUCGAGGGAGCAUCCUCCCAAGUGAGAGAAUGGUCUCAUGGAAAUCUGCCUAAGAGAGAUGCUUUACGCUUUUCUCGUGUGGUGAUUAAGUUUGGGAACUUGAACCAAAUAGACUUGAUAGCUGAGGAGGUUGGUGGAACAGUUGCAGCAGCUCCACCUGAUGCACAGAUAGAGCUUUUUGAUGCUUUGGUUGAUGGUUGUAGAGAAGCAGUUGAAGUUGGAAAUCUGGACCCAAAGGGUCCUUUGUUGGAUUUUUUUGGUGUCCCUGUGAAGGCAAAUGAUCUAUUGAGCCGUGUGCAAGAACUUCAGCUACUAGCAAAGCGAAUUAGUCGUUAUGAAAAUCCCAUAGCACAGUUUCGAGUGUUGAUGUACCUGAAGCCUUCAAACUGGUCCAAGGGUUGUGGCUGGAAUCAGAUUGAUGAUGCAAGAUUGCUUCUGGGAAUACACUACCAUGGAUUCGGCAAUUGGGAGAAGAUACGGUUAGAUGAAAGGCUUGGCCUUUCGAAGAAGAUUGCCCCAGCAGAACUCCAGCAUCAUGAGACCUUUUUACCACGUGCUCCAAAUUUGAAGGAUCGUGCUAAUGCACUUCUGGAGAUGGAACUUGCAGCUAUUGGUGGAAAGAAAGCAAAUGCUAAAGGGGGUCGGAAGGCCUCCAUGAAGGGGAGAGAGAAUCUUCUGAACAUCUCUGUUUCGCGGGACAGGGUCAAGAAAGCAAAGCCUGGGUCUGUAAUCGUUAGUGUACAAACGAGCAAGAAUAGGCCUCAGAGACCACAGAGAGUUGAACAGUUAGUAAAAGAGGAGGGUGAGAUGUCAGACAAUGAGGAAUUAUGUGAGCAGUUUAAGGAAGUAAAAUGGAUGGAAUGGUGUGAAGAAGUCAUGUUUGAUGAAAUUAAAACCCUGAAACGUCUUAACAAGUUGCAGACUACCAGCGCUGACCUUCCAAAGGAAAAAGUGCUUUUGAAAAUUCGGAACUAUUUACAGCUUAUUGGACGGAGAAUAGACCAGAUUGUCUUAGAAUACGAGGAAGAGCGUUAUAAACAGGAUAGGAUGACAAUGCGAUUAUGGAAUUAUGUUUCUACUUUUUCAAAUUUAUCUGGCGAGAAACUUCGUCAGAUUUAUUCGAAACUUAAACAGGAGCAGGAGGAAGAUGCAAGUGCUGGACCCUCUCAUGCCAAUGGUGCUGCAUAUGGUUCUCUUGACAAAGACAGCGAUCCCAACAAUUUUCCUCCCCUUUCUAGGAAUUUUGAGCGGCAAAUUGGAUAUAAAAAUGAAAGUGCCUAUGCAAUGUCAGAACCAAUAAACAAAGGUCAUGAUGCUGGGAAAUUUGAAGCGUGGAAACGACGCAGAAGAGCUGAAGCUGAUAUUCAACCCCCCUUACAAAGACCACCGGGCACCCGCUUAUCCAACCCUAACUCGUUGGGAAUUCUUGGGGCAGGACCACCUGAUAAUAGGCCUUUUUUUGAGAGACCUUACCGAGUGCGGCAAACUGGUUUUACUCCAAAACAAAAUUUUACAUAAGGUAUAAAGUAGUCUUAGUGCUCGAGGGAAGGAGAGCAACUGAUUAAAGGCAUAAGCCCCAUGGCUUUCCCAUGGUCCAUCACUGCUUCAGUCAUUAGCUAUACUGUGGAAUUCUUUUCAACAUCAGAGUAAUAAGGUGCCAAUUCCUACUUAGUUUCUUUCUGGCAGAUCUGAAAUAUCCGUUGGAUGGGGAAUUUGCAUAAAUGUACAAAAGGUGCCUGGGGGGAUGGCCAAAAUUAAUUAACAUGAGAAGGAUGGAUGUGGUCUUGUUGCAAUUUUUUGUUCAAGGAAAUGAGUUGGGUAAUUGGUUUUACGUAUAUAGUGGAGUUAGUGAAAGAAAUAUUAGAAUUUCAUUCAAUUUAAAAUAUACAUAAAUGAGCGGAACAUAUUACAUGUAUUAUGCCUUGAGAGAAGUGUACAUUAUCAGUUUUGAAUAAUUUUGAUUCCCUUUUACCAAUACAGUUUCAGUUUUUCAUUA